CAAUAAACCAGAUUCAUACUUCGUCUACUGGCCUUUGCACCCAUACCCAGGCUCCGAUUUUUCGCUACAUUUAGGGAUAGCGUUGUUCUGCCCUGGGUCCGCCUCUGGUGGCGACCUUUGGCGGCUGUCUCGCCUCGGCCGGCGGGACCGACGCUGACAGUGCGCUCGAAGCCAGCGCUGCGUCCGACCCAGCGCAAUGGGGUCCGCCAUGCUGCUGCUGGCGCUGCUGGUCCUGCUUCUCUUCCUGCUGUACAAGUAUUUCACACGCACGCACGGUACGUUGGAGCGGCUUGGCAUCCCUACCAUCAAGCCGUACCCCUUCGUCGGCUCCCUGGUGGCCGCGGACGGCGGGGAAGACGUGGCUAAUGCCCGCCGCUUCGGCCGAGUGUGGGGCCAGUACGAGGGCAUGAUGCCGCAGAUCUUCAUCGGCGACCUCGAGCUGGCCAAGCGCGUGCUGAUCACGGACUUUGACCACUUCACGGACCGACCCCUGCUGUUCGAGUUUGACAUCGCCCGCGACAUGCUCGACUUCCUGCAGGGGGAGCGCUGGAAGGUGGUGCGCUCCAUACUGGCGCCGGCCAUGACCUCGGGUACCAAGAUCAAGGCCAUGAUGCCCACCAUGAACGAGUGCCUUGAAGAUGCGUUCCUGAGAGUGGACACCAAGCUGCGCAGCGGACCGCAGCUGCAGAUCAAGGAUGACCUGUUUGGCCCGCUGGUUCUUGACAUCAGUGCGCGCUUCUCCUUCAGCAUGAAAAUUCCUAACCUCGACGAUAAGAGCAGCACGUUCGUGAAGGCGGCGACGGCUUUCGGUCCGCUGUUCAUUCCGAGCAGCUGGCUGGAGGGCGUGCUGCUGGCGUUUCCGGCCUACUUCAACUGGCGAGGCGCACGCCUCUUGCAACCGGCUCUGCGCUACCUGGUGCAGCUGCUGCGCCGUUCCAUCAAGCAGCGACGGGCGGACGGCGUCACAAACACCGACCUCGUCAGCGCCAUCACAGACGCCAUCGACAACAGGGUGCCGACGCCCGAGUUCCGGCGGCUGGGCAUCACAGAGGAUGUCCUGCUGCUGCAGGGUGCCGAGCUGCUGAUGGCCGCGUACGACACCACCGGCACCACGCUGGCCCUGGCGGCAUUCCACCUGGUGCGCCAUCCUGACGUAUUGAGCCGCGCGGUGGAGGAGGUGGACGGCGCCGGCGAGCUGAGCUACGAAGCGCUGCAGCAGCUGCCGCUGCUGGAGGCCGUCGUGCAGGAGGCGCUGCGCCUCUCCAGCCUGAUCACGCGUCACUUCCGGGUCUGCACGCGUGACUGGGAGUACGACGGCCUGCGCAUUCCCGCCGGCACGGCCGUGCUCGUGCCGCUGCGCCCGUUCCACUUCGACCCGGAGCUGUUCCCGGAGCCGGAGCGGUUCCUGCCCGACCGUUGGCUGGGCGAGCAGGGCCGCCAGCUCGGCCAGUACAGCUGGAUGCCGUUUGGCCUGGGGCCGCGCGCCUGCAUGGGCCUGCGGCUAGCCAUGGUGGAGUGUAAGUUUGUGCUGGCGCACCUCCUGCGUCGCUACACGAUCGCGCCGCCGACCGGCGUGCGACCGGUGAAGGAAGGCGAGGCGGAGCCGAGCCCCGGCUACGAUCCUGUCCUCAUCAAGGUGGAGGAGAGAUCAGACCGCUGAACACCGGCACGAACCGCGCUCUGUUAAUCCUCACAGGACCGCGCUGUGGGAACCCUGACGGUGCUGAACUCUGGUAACCCGCACAGUGCUCAGAUGCUGGCUUGCUUGGUGACGACAGUGUCUUGGAAGUGAAUGGGAUGAAUAAGGAAGGUUGGCGGCCAUGUGCUCAUGGCGCCCCAAAGUCCAAACCCUUGGUAGAUGCGACGCCGUUAUAUGGGGUGGCAUAUUAAAAACAUUUGGUUAAAAUGCUUCAACAAAUAGCGGAGAGGGAACUGAACUGGGCUACAAUUGUUCGCAUGUUUGUUGUGCAUUUGCGGAAAUGCCUUCACCGGUCAAAAUGUGGACUUUACAAAAGUAAUGAAUGCCAAUGAGUGAAUGUUAAAAACGUUACCCUUACCUUAAAAACCUCCGCCAUUUCGAUUCCGGACUAACAAACCAUUCCCCUCUAAAGCUUCGUUAAGACCACCUGGCAGUGCGUCUUAUGGCACCCCUGUCCAUUUGAAACAGCUCCGCUCUCUCAAAAUGCAAACCUAACAAUGACACAACGUAGUCAGAACUGCUCUGAUGUGUCCUCUUGUACCACUCGAGCAACGUUCGUCGAGCUGCUGCAGCUGCCGCGUGUCUCUGGACUGGGUUUGGGCGCUGUCCCUUUACGUUUCGCGCAUCCAGCGAACGGAACUUAAUACCUGCGGACGUGCGAGUGUCAGCAGUCGCGAGCAACGCGACCUUUAUAGGCAAUCUUGACCUUCUAUCCGUCAAUAGGCGAAAUAAAUUUUGCUGUGUAGUGUGCCGACUUCAUCUGCCUUAUCUGUUUUAUGUACUGUGACUAUUGCACGAGAGUCGACGUGGAAGCUGAAAAGCCCGCUUUGUGGAAGCUCCAAAUACAUACAUUUCUACUCAG